AUCAUCCGCUGCUGACUGGAGUAGCUUGUUGUCGUCGAAUGUUGGGAGCAGAAAGAAGAAAAGAGACGAAACCUGUGAGAGGGAAUCGUAUUAAAAGUCAGUCACACAAUGAGAAGAAGUAGCUGCCACUGAGAAACUCAAACAUCCAUCAUGUCAGACGUAGCCAUCUCCCUCCCUCCUCCCUCUGCCCCGAAACACUCCUCCUCCCCCUCCUCCCCCACCAUCCCUGCCAGGCCACGCCCACCAAUAUCACCCAUCACCAAGCCCCUCCCACCACCCGUCGUCACUGCUACCUCAAAAAUAUCAAAAGACAAGCAGAGGGUCCAGAAAGCCAGACAGAGGUUCUCUCCACCUGCCCUCCCUCCUCCCGCACCUCCACCCAUCUCCCCCUCACCGCCUCCCUACAGCUCCAUCUCCCCUCCCCCCUCCCCCCUCCACCCCACUGACUCCACCCACCAACGAACCCCUCCACCCCGGCCACCACCCCCUACCAUUGCCCCGCCCUCUGCCCCUCCCCCUUCUAUUGUCUCGGCCACACACCCUUCAGUCCACCAGCCCUCUGCUCCACCUCGUCCCCAGACUCCCGAUUCUUUUCCUCUGACCUCACAUUCCUCACAUUCCUCGCCUAAUGCCCCUCCCACUGCCCCUCCCCUAAUCCAGGACGUCGAGAUGGUGGGAGUGAAUGGGAGAGGAGAAGACGUGACAGGAGUUGCUGCUGGUGUUGAAGAGGAGAGAGAGGAGGGAGGGAGAGGAGGGGGAGGAGACGAUGAGAGGGCACCAGUCAGUCAGGGAAUACCUGCAAAUCUUAAUCUGGAUGGUGAGAAGGGUGACAGUGGACCAGAGUAUGUGAAUGUGGAAAGUCUGGAUGAGGAGGAGGAGGAGGAGGAGGAGGAAGAGGGAGAGGAUGCGGAGGACGACGGCGGACAGGAAGAAGGGAAUACCAACCGGCGCUCUGUGGUACGUCAGAACUAUCAGAACUGGGACUUUCCCAACCACUCAGCUGACUCGGAGGGAUCCGACGAUGGCAAUAACCACACCCCUCGCCCCGCCCACCAACACCAUCGUCACCGGCAUCACAAGCCCACACAAAGCAACCCUCCCACCCUCCCCCUCAACACCCACCCAGUCCUAAUGGGGAAAAUGAGCGGGGGCGCCGUGGCUAAGGGGGGGAAACGAAGAAACCGGGCUCCUCCGCCUCCUCCUGGGGGAAAGAAGGGAGGUGGAAAGUUGGAAGGAGGCAGGGAAGAAGGGAGGGAGAGGGGGAGAAGAGGGAGGGAGGAGGGGAGGGAGAGGAGGGAGGGGGAGAAGGAGAGGAGGGAGGAGCACGACUACUCCACCAUCCUGAGGUCAGACUACAUCAACUGGGAGUACGAACAAGGCAGUGGCUCAGACUCUGACGACACAUCUGCCGUGCCGGGCCCGAGACCGCACACGGCUAGACCCUCCAACCCUCCCACUCUCCCUCUCAACACACACCCUGUCCUCAUGCGCUCCCACAGCCAAGGAGACGUCAUUGACUCCAACGAUGAGUCGGGGAAGAAGCCUCGGAAUCGAGCGCCUCCUCCGCCACCUUCAAAGACCAAGAGCAAACCUCCACGUGGCUUUGCUCACCAGCUAUCUCACCAGCCCUUCUCUGUCCCUCCUCCUCCUUCUUCUUCAUCACAAUCUCAUACUCAGAGCAGUGGUAACCAGGGCGGGGAGUACGCGCGAGUCACCAAACCACCUCCAGCGUACAAGAGGACUAAAUCCGACCAGAAGCCGGGAGAAGAUGGCGACAAAGGAACAGGGUCACCCCGCGAGAGAGAUAGAGUGCCAAAGUCCUCUAUAAUUGGAGGGGCAUCCUCGUCUUCGCCAUACCAGUCUCCUGUAGCUUCUCGUAAGCACGGGGAGGCCCCAGUUCAUCUGGAUGUCCGCGCAGGAGGAGGAGGAGGGAAGAGCUCUGGAUAUGGCUCUGGUGGUGAAGGUGUGACGAGGGGAGGAGGGAGGGUGGGGGAGGGGGUAGCCCCUCCAUCAAGACCGCCACCGAGGGCACCGAGUGUUGCAGUUCUCGCUGCGGCAGGGAAGAGGAAGAGAUGGUCGGCUGCAGAGGUAGAGGGAGAGAGGAGAGGGAGGGAGGAGUCUCCAUUACUGGCUAAUCUGAAGAGGAAGGAGUCGAGCGGUGUACCAGAGCACCUCUCCCGGCCCAAGAGACAAGCUCCGCCUCCUCCGGUCGGUAAAGGGACCGCUGUGGACCAGUCCCAGGACCAGAGUGAGCGGGAGUCUCCUCAGGGUGCAGAGGCCCCUAGUGAGAGACCAGGGAGUGACAUAAAGACAGGGAACCACCUCCAGACUCCGCCCCCGAAGCCAAAGAGAUUGCACAGACGGACUCCGCCCAUUCCCUCUGAUACCGUAGCCUUAGCAACAGAAGCCACACCCACCACCCAGGAGAGCACAGAGACCGAGGGGAGGUCACAGAGCACUUCAGCGGGGACUCCACUGACAGAGAAUGGAAACACCAGAUGGGACAGGCUCCUCCACAAGAUGGAGUUCUUUACCAUCGACCUCGUCAAAGAUGGUGAUCGCAGUCUGGGAUAUUGGUGCUAGUGAGGGGAGAACGUAAGAAAGUAAGAAGAAAUAAAGAGGCCAGUGUACAGUUGGAAGGCAUCUUCAUACAGAAGAUCCUCCCUGGCUCUCUCACUGACAAGGAUGGCAGGUGAGCAAGUGACUAGCAUUCAACUUGUCAUGCCUGCGUCCACCCAAACAACAUCAAGCCUCUCGACAUGAAUUAACAGUAGACACCAUGAGAAUGAUAACAGACGGAAGGAAAAGCACACGGGUACUUUGUGUAGCUGGCGCUACACGCUGACCUUGAGACAUAGAUA